UAUCCAGCAACGGUACAUUUCAGCAGGCAUCCAAAAGCAAUUCCGUAUUGCACGGCAGUUCUUCGUGCAUAUGAAUGAAAGAGCGGCGUGCAAGAAACGCCAGCUGCUUCCACUAGACCAGUUGGGCGGCGAUGCGCUCGUGCUGACGGUGUCUUUUACGAGUUUUAUUAUGCCUGGACCCGGAGGUUUCUUGUUAAUUGUGUUAUUGUGCAGUGUGUUUUACAAAAAUGUGCAAGGACAAGAUGACUCCUUGGCCGGAAGUUUCCUAUCGGGUCUUUUAGACACGAUAACCAGCACUGUUGACUCCAAAGACUGUCCCGGAGUAUGCGUCCAUGCUCUAGCAACUAUUAUUUGCUACGAUGUACUGGAAGAUGUCGCCUGCCCUUCGUCGUCAAUGAAAUGUUGCGUAGAACCACCAUCGCCCAAUACCACAGAGAGCGCCAACAAAACCGCCACCACAACCGAAAGAACCACAACCCCGACAACUCCCACUACCACGCCAGUUACACAAAAGCAAGAAAUUGACCGAUAUUCUAACGUAUCACUUACAACCACCGAAUCGAGUAAAAAUGAUUCACCCCCGCUAGCCGUAAAAGCCUGUCCCGGAGUAUGCGUUGCCGAAAGAAUCUCGGAUUACUGCGAAGCAAUACUGACAACUGAAGAUUUGUGUAAACCCUCCCUGAAAUGUUGUGUAUCUAGUGAUGUCUUCGGAGACAAAAUACCGCCAAACUUAAUAAUUCCAAAUAAAACGAAAAGCGGCAACAAUAAUACCAAUAGCAGAACAACACCUGCACCUACCACAGUAACAACCGAAGUGGUAAGAGUUCCUCUGGAAACAAAAGCGCCUCACAUUUCUAAACCAUGCAAAGGCGAAUGUGUUAGUGGUUUACUCGCACUGGUGUUUUGUGAAGACAUUGAUUCAGAAGCAGAGUGCUCCGAAGAUGAGAGCUGUUGCAUAACGUCAACUCCAACUAGACCCACGACUAUGUACACAACAACCAUACCUACAACACCCAAACCAAAAACAACAGAUUUAGGUCCACGUUGUCCAGGCUACUGCCUCGUGAAUAUCAUGGCGGCAUUUUGUGAACGUCCGUCCGUUUUGGUACCACGUACGUCCGACUGCAAGAGGGGUUCAAUCUGCUGUGAUAACACGAAGGUUACCACUACGCCGCGUCCAAAACCUAAACCUAUCCAAACCACCACCCCAGUAACGACAACCACCACAUCAGAUCCACGACCGGAUUGUCCAGGGUCGUGCAUUGUUUCAUACUUAAGCUUUACCUGUUUCAGAAACGCAGAGAUGACCGAAAUAUUUAAGUGUCGAAAAUCAACCAUGAAAUGCUGCGCCCCAAAAUCUCUCAUACGUGAGGCAAUGGAACACAAACAUUCCGAAAUAUCUUCCCAAAUCAAUACCUCACAGUCUAACAAUGCAGUUCUUACAACAAUGACGCCGUCAAUUGCGGAAUCUUCUCCUACAACAGCAUCCGCAUCAUCUCUCAGCACAACACGUCCUCCGGUUUAUAGUAAAUACGUUUGCGGUGUAAAAGGCACGUCUAGAAACGCCAGAGUUGUGGGAGGCGAAGAUGGUGACCAAGCGGAAUGGUGUUGGCAGGUCGCGUUAAUAAAUUCUUUAAAUCAGUAUUUAUGUGGAGCAGCUCUAAUUGGAACCCAAUGGGUGUUAACCGCCGCUCACUGCGUUACGAACAUUGUACGGUCUGGAGAUGCCAUAUACGUGCGGGUCGGAGAUCACGAUCUUACAAAGAAGUAUGGAAGCCCGGGCGCCCAAACGCUUAGGGUUGCCACCACGUACAUCCAUCACAAUCACAACAGUCAAACUUUAGACAACGAUAUAGCUUUACUAAAAUUGCACGGCCAGGCGGAAUUGAAGGAAGGCGUUUGCCUAGUGUGCCUUCCAGCACGUGGUGUUAAUCAUGCGGCAGGAAAGCGCUGUACCGUUACGGGUUAUGGGUACAUGGGCGAAGCGGGUCCCAUUCCUUUAAGAGUGCGAGAAGCGGAAAUACCAAUUGUUAGUGAUGCCGAAUGCCUUAGGAAGGUAAAUGCGGUCACGGAAAAAAUAUUUAUCCUUCCUGCCAGUAGUUUUUGUGCCGGUGGUGAGGAGGGAAACGAUGCAUGUCAGGGCGAUGGUGGUGGUCCCUUAGUCUGUCAAGAUGACGGUUUUUAUGAACUGGCCGGUCUUGUGUCGUGGGGAUUUGGAUGUGGACGUUUGGAUGUACCUGGAGUAUAUGUUAAAGUGUCAUCGUUUAUCGGAUGGAUAAAUCAAAUAAUAAGUGUUAAUAAUUUGUAAUUAGAAAUAUGUUAUAUUAUUUAAUAACUGUGUAUAUAUAAUUUAAGUUAUUUGGAAAAACGGAAUAGAUAAUAAUACCUUAAAUAUAUUUUUUAAAUUAAGAA